AUGUCGAUUGACACGAGCGACCUGACCACCCAGGUCAAUAAGAUUAUCAGCCAGCUGCACGGGAUCUUUGAUGAUAUCGGUAUUCCCAACCACGCAAGGGAAGCUCGCGAAACCGAGCUUUUCGCGGCUCUUUCGGUCACUCUAAACAAUCACCUGCGUAUUAUUAGCAAUGAAAAAAAUGCGAUGGUCGAGGAAGCAGAACAUCUCAUUAAGACGAUAAAGCAAAUGGAAGCUUCCCUAGACGACGAAAAGACAAACGGGCAAUACGACCUUGACCAUGGAGACCUUCGGAUUACGUUUCCUCUGAACAGGUGCAUCGUCCUUUUGAAAGAAAAGUAUUCCGCCAUAAGCAAAUUACAUCGUGAACGUUUUGAGCAAGUAAAGAAACUCGUGGAGGCAUUAGAGUCCUACUCGUCUCAUUUAGAACCAUCAUUCGUGAAAAUUGCUCUACCUCCCACAUCACCCGGCGCUUCAAUCCCCCCCAGUUUUGACCUAUCGCCAUCCUACGUCACUGCACUAGAUAAUGAGUUUACUCGGGUUUACGAAGAGUACAACAGACGCGUUCACCUUGUGACAGUGACAUCGGAAGAGAUUAUUAAACUAUGGGCAGAGCUUGGAACACCACAGGCACAAACAGAUUCCACAAUUGUCAAGUUUUACCGCGACUCACCAGAACAACUGGGCCUUCACGACACCGAUCUCGGAAACCUUAAAGGGAGACGGGAUAAACUUCUGGACGAGAAGAGAAAUCGUGAGAAGAAAUUGAAAGAUCUCAAAACUGCCGUGGAAGGACUGUGGGAGCGUCUCGGAGUUGAUGAACGCGAUCAAAAGGCCUUUCUCGCAGCGAACCGUGGCUGUGGUCUACGUACCAUCAAUGAAUUCGAAGAAGAGUUCGCUAGAUUGAACGAACUUAAAAGACAAAAUUUACAUCUGUUUGUCGAAGAUUCGCGAUGCCGUCUGCAAGAACUCUGGGAUAGUCUUUACUAUUCUGAAGAGGAAAUGCUGGAUUUCACACCGGCCUUCUCAGACGUCUAUAGUGAUGCUUUAUUGGAAGCACACGAAGCUGAGAUUGCUCGACUUGAAGCUAUUAGAGAACAGCGGGCACCUGCUUUAGAGCUCAUUGGCAAACACAAGUCUCUAAUCCACGAACGAGACUCUCUUGUGGCCUCAAGUCAAGAUGCUUCGCGUCUUAUGGCUCGUGGUAACAAGGGAGAGAAGCGUGAUCCAGGAAAGCUCCUUCGAGAAGAGAAAAUGCGUAAGAGGAUCUCUAAGGAGCUGCCAAAGGUCGAAAUCGAACUCAGGAAGAUGCUAGAGAAAUGGGAAGACGAGUACGGCCGGCCGUUCCUUGUCCAUGGCGAGAGAUAUCUUGACGAGCUCACCCCUACUGCCUCUAAAAUGCCACCACGCUCGAAGACACCUUCCGGGCCUCCAGCCAGUGCUGUGAAGCCCAGACAAGCUCCAGCAGCUAAUUCUGGAACAGUCAGAGGUGCUCCACCACGUUCAGCAACUAAAACACCUACAGGGACAAUGAGACGCAAUCCUCCAGCAGCGGCUUCUGUUUCUGCCUCAGCACAACAAAAGUCUCCUUCAAAAAUCCCUGCUCGUGUUCCCUUGGGAAACAUGCCUCAUGGAAACAAUUCUCCAGAACGCCGUCAGCCACAAAAUUCAUAUUCUUCGAACACAAUACGAGGUAAAAUGCCACCACGUGCUCCACCCCCCAAAAUGCGUGAUUUGUUCGCGGAGCCCAACGAAGAUGUACCGACCGCUAGUUAUACCGUGGAGCCUUCAAGGUGCGAGAGCGUUUUUUCUAGCCGAAGCGUGCGGCCCAUUGGUCUGGAAGAUGUAUAUGACGAUCGUCAACAACGGCAGCACCUGAAUAAUUCCAUUAUAUCGCGGAGUAGAACCGAUACUAGCUCCCAUGGUUCUUCUCAAUCUCUUUACUCUACAGCAUCACGAGAGAUGGCAUAUCCCUCCGAUAGCUCGUACUUGCAACGUCAGCCACCGCCUCCUCCAGCCUUGAGGCAUGCUUCCAACUCAACCAUCCAAACUACAUCAGGCUCAGAGAAUUGGGAAACCUUUGAUGAUGCUUCUGAACCCGAGGUUGAUGCCAGUGACGUCUAUUAUGCGAAGCUGCGGUCAGCUCAAGGGAAGCGCAUCGCGCCGGAUGAUCAGCAGCACGUGAUACAGAUGGGUAAAAAGAUGAAAGGUAUCCGUAGUGUGGGAUCUGACGAACGCAUUAUUGAGCACAAUGGUCAAUUUGUCAGAAUUGAAGGAAGCGAUGGAGGUUGGACAGAUGACAUGGAUACAUACUAG